CGUGGGGACAUAGCCGUUGCUUGGCUGAUCGCCGUUGCUUGGCUGAUCGGGGCUGGUGAUGGGGCACGUCUCAGGGACAUCCCAUCACAACAGACGAGAGCUCGUCCUGGGGACCCCCCUCUCCUGCACUGCCUGUCCGGAGGUGUGCAGUGAGAUGGCAGCAUUUGCUUCGAAUAGGCUUUGCAGAGGACCCACGAGGCAUCAACCUUCGUGCCAUCUCCUGUGUGGACCCUGGUGCUGCCACGGGCAGAGACUGACCCCUGGGAACAUCCUGAGCCAACGCGACAGGGCCCCCUAUAUUGCUCCAGCAGCCAGUGGCACUGGACCUCUCCGUGGGUCGCUGGUAGGAGCCCAGAUAACCUCUGAGACGAAAGAAGUGCCUGAAAACCAAUCUGCGGACAUCCCCUGCUCGGCAUAUCGCUCCAAGUGGAACAACCCUCGCAUCGAGUGGAAGUUUCAGAAGGGCUCAUCGCUUGUGCUGUUCUACUAUGGGGGUCAGCUUACAGAGCCAUAUAAAACCCGCGUCCAGUUCUCGCCCACCAUGAUCCACUUCACAACGGUGACGCGGGCUGACACGGGCAAGUACAUCUGCGAAGUGGUGGGGGAGAACAGCGAGAUCGCCAAGUCGGAAGUGAACCUCAUUGUCCAAGUGCCUCCUUCCAAGCCUGUGGCUCACGUGCCCACCUCGGCCACCAUCGGCAGCAAGGCCCUGCUGCGAUGCACCGAAACAGAUGGCUCGCCGCCCCCCACCUUCCAGUGGUACAAGAACAGCAUGCUGAUGCCCGCAGACCCCAAGACCAGCCUGACGUUCAGGAACUCCUCCUAUACCAUAGACUCCACCACGGGGGUGCUGACCUUUGAGCCUGUAAGCAGCUUCGACACCGGCGACUACUACUGCGAGGCGUCGAAUAACGUGGGGUCCUCCCAGAGAUCAGAGGCCAUCCACAUGGAAGCCAGCGAAGUCAACGUGGGCGGCAUCGUGGCUGCAGUCGUGGUCCUGCUGAUGGUGCUGGCACUUGUGGCCUUUGGCAUCUGGUUUGCCUACACGCGGGGCUUCUUCAGCAAGAGAAGAGACACCGCCGGCAAGAAGGUCAUUUACAGCCAGCCCUCGCACCGGAGCGAAGGAGAGUUCAAACAGACAUCGUCCUUCCUGGUGUGAAGUCUGCAGGAGCUGCUGCUCCUCCCUCACCAUGAACUGUUGUAAAUGUUUCUGAAUUACUGUAGCUAUGCCAUGAUUUUAACUUUUUUUUUUUUGUCACAUGGUGCCUUUUCAGUGUCACUUCAGACCCCCUUGGUUUUUCAGGGUAGGUCUCAUCUUUCCCCCAGCAACCCAAUGCCUUAUUCCCUUCCCCUACGUCCCAGCGGGACCCACGUCCUGGCCGUGACUCAGAGGGACCGGUCCUGCCUCUCCCCUGUACCCAGCGCUGGGCUCGUUCCUCCCACUGCUCUGCUUGUUGCAAAGCACCAGCUGCUGCUAGCGGCUGUGUUGAGGCUGGUGCCACAGCCGCCGUGGGUUUCUCUGCUGUAUCCUUGCCCCGCUCCCAGGAGGCCCAGGGCCUCUGGUCCUGCUCGGCUCCUCCCGGGAUGAGGUCUGAGAUGCUCCUCGGAGGGGAUGGAUCUGGGACUGGGAGCUGAUGUAACCCUGCGUCCUAUCCUGGGGGGCCGGGUCUAUGUCACCCGUGACUGCUCUUGAGGCUGGAAUGGCCACUGGUCCCAGUUGCCCCCCUUUAACUGGGCACACCAGGCCGUUGGGGCUGAGCUGUUUCCUCUCUUAAAAUAGUCGUAACCACUAGUGUGAUGACUUCUGAUGUCCAUUGCUGGCAUUAAAUAAACGUGUGUCCUUGUACAGAG